CUUCUCUCUAACAACCACCACCACAAAAACACACACUACAAACUUAGGGACACCCUUAUAUUCCAAUACUAGAACAUUCAUAUAUAUACAUAAUCUAUACAUACAUAUACAUAUUGUUGUUAGGGUGUAUAUAUGCAACUAGAGGGAGGAGAGACAGAUGGAGAGGGGGAAGUAGAGAGACACUUUUGAGAUUGAGAUCACCACCAUGAGCCCUAGACAAUUCCAUGAGAUGCAACUUUCAAAGAGAGAGAUCAUCAAUGGGAAUAAUGGGUUGUGCUCAUUUCCUCUCAAGAUCAACAAGGACUCCCAUUUCAUCAAAAAGUCUCCACCUCCUCCGCCGCCACUCUCCUCCUCCUCCUCCUCCACCACCACCAAGCCUCAACACCGCCACCGCCACCACCCAGUGAUCAUCUACACCCACUCUCCCAAAAUCAUCCACACCCAUCCACGUGACUUCAUGGCAUUGGUUCAAAAGCUCACUGGUCUCUCUCGCUCCGACCCCAAACCCCCUCGUCCCAAACAAAACCCCGGUGGUUGUGGUGAGAAUUUGGCGGACGACAUAAACAAUAACCACCAGAAGUCGUCAGCAGUGGUUACCAACGACGAUACUGAAUCGUUGUUAGUGACCACCGAUGAGAAUUCAAGUAAUAUUGUAGUAGCAGAUGUUCAGAUAGAUUCGUGUUUUGCGAAUCGAUCUAUUUUUGAUCAUCCACCCGUUAAUGGUUGCUUCAAUAACAUACCAUUGUUUACACCAAAUAACCCUAGUGAUUUCCUGUGCUCAGCCUCAGCUCAGCCAUUUUACAACAAGUAUGCCGAUUCGAUGCUUUUGAUGCCUAACAUGAGAAGCUUUAUCACAUCAUCUUCUUCUACGCUGGAAGGAAUUAAAGAGUUUCGUGAUCUUUGAAAAUUGAUCAUUUUGAAUUUUGAAUAAAGAUAAGUUCAGUAAAAAAAAAAUUUCGGUAGUUUAUUUAUGGACAGUAGAAUAUUAACUCAGAUUUAAUGCAA